ACUGAUUUACCUAACAACAAGAGCGCCUCUGCUACAGAAGCGAAGGCGGAAUAAAAAAAAAGAGGAGGAAGAAAAGCAAGAGAGGAGCCGAGCUGUUGUAGAAGUGCUGUGCAGGGAUUGUGCUGUUUGGGUGAAGCAAGCACACAUGCGGUGACAUAGGGUACCCAUGCUCUCAGUAAACGGGUGACCUCUGAGCUCUGUCUGGCCUGGCCCCUCCCAGUCGGCUCGGGUUGUGUGGCGCAUCCCAGCCAACCACCUCCCCAUUUGCAAGCAUUGUGAGGCUGGGAGCCGCGUUGUGAUCGGGGCAGCUGCAGUUGGGAAAAUCAAGGGGGAUUACUACUGCGGGAGCAUGGCGUGCAGGAGAAGCAGAUCCCAUACCACCCGCCUGGAAUCCCCCCAAUGCGCCCUUGCACUAUUGCUCUUAUGCAGGGUGUAUGGCUGUUUUGCUGGCCCAGUGCACGUGGAUCCACAUGUAACAGCAGUUUGGGGAAAGAACGUCACUUUGAAAUGUUUAAUUGAAGUCAAUGAAACGAUAACACAAUUUUCUUGGGAGAAAAUCAUUGGAAAAGGUGCUCAGACCUUAGCUGUAUAUCACCCUCGGUUUGGGACGUCUUUCCAAGAAUCUUAUCAAGAAAGAACGACUUUCAGAAAUCAUUCUCUCUACGAUGCAACUAUUAUCAUCAGUAACAUAGACUUUUCUGAUUCAGGAGAAUACAUAUGCAAAGCAGUUACAUUCCCGCUUGGAAAUGUACAAUCAUCAACGACUAUGACUGUAUACGUUGAACCUAUUGUGAGUAUAUCAAAAGGAUCUGAUCCCUUACUGGAUGGUGCAAAUGAAACUGUAGCAGCAUUUUGUAUAGCGGCCUUUGGAAAACCUGCUGCAGAAGUAUAUUGGGAGGAAUCACUCGGGAAAAUGGAAACAAAUUCAACAUCGUACCCAAACAAAACCGUAACCGUUAUAAGCCAAUAUAAAUUGGUUCCAACCAGAUUUGCAAGAGGAAGGAACAUUACCUGUGUUGUAAGGCAUCCUGCUUUUGAAAAUGACGUCAGGUAUCCUUUCAAAUUGGAUAUACAAUAUGCCCCAGAAGUAUCAGUAACGGGUUAUGAUGGAAAUUGGUUUGUUGGCAGAAAAAAUGUUCAUCUUAAAUGUAAUGCUGAUUCUAAUCCUCCGCCCAGUGAAAUGAAGUGGACCAGGUUAGAUGGAAAUUGGCCUGAAGGUUUAUCAUCUAUGAAUAAUACACUACUUUUCACCCACCCUCUAACCCAUAAUGUCUCUGGGACAUAUGUGUGUAGUGUCUCCAAUAUCCUAGGUCAGAAAAGUGACCAAAAGACCAUCACUAUUUUAGAGCCUCCUGUUACUACUCCUGUUCCUACGAUUUCACAGGCGCACUCAAGUGUUGAUAUCGCGGGCUUGGCAACAACAUCCAAAAGGCUUAAUUUUCCAGCAUCGACUAUGGCAACAAUGCAGGAUGGAAAUUUUGGCACCAUUAUCGGCAGCGUAGUAGGAGGGUGUCUUUUCUUGAUACUUUUGAUUGUGCUCUCUGGAGUCAUCUACUAUAGGAGGAAACAGACGUUUCGUGGUGAUUACUUUACAAAGAGCUAUAUUCCUCCGUCAGAUAUGCAGAAAGAGUCCCAGAUUGACGUUCUCCAGCCGGAGGAUCUGGAUCCAUUUCCUGAUAAUCUUAAAAAGGAUAUUGACACUAAACCAAAUGAUCAUAUCUAUAAUGAAUAUCUUCAAGAAGUUGAAAAUCCUGAAUGGAACAAUAUAGGUACAUACAGAUAUCAGGAACCGUUUGAGAGACCAAUGAAUAAUUAUGUGGACAAAAAAAUGCCUAUAGUUUCAAGGUACAAUAAGAACUGUUAUAAUGACAAUGAAGAUGACUUAGUGUCACAUGUGGAUGGUUCAGUUAUCUCACGAAGGGAGUGGUACGUCUAAAAAAAACAAACAAAAAAAAAACUAUUUGGUAGCAAAAGACUUUGUGUAUUCAGGUACAUGAUUGUUCAGAAAUAUUCUGAUUUUUUUUUUAUUUCCAAAAGAAUCCAAUUAUUUUUCAUACCCAUUCAUCUUAACUUAAAACAGGAUGUAUACAAAAUUUUGGUUUCUUAAAGUACACUGCUAUGAAAUAUGUAAAUAAAAAUACUGCUUUGCUGAUUUGACUAUUAAAAUAUUAAAUUCCCAUGAAUCAAAGAUAAA